CAGAAAACAUAAUCUCAUUCUUACACCAAAUCUCCCACACAAAACAUAAUGGCGUCUUCUAUGAAAUUUCUCUGCGUUCUUGGCCUAAUCCUCCUUAUCGGCUCCGUAGUAGAUGGAGCAGGAGAGUGCGGUAGAUCUUCUCCUGACAAUGAGGCAAUGAAGCUGGCCCCAUGUGCAGGCGCGGCUCAGGACGCUAACGCCGCCGUGCCGGGCGGUUGCUGCUCUCAGAUUAAAAGAUUCUCUCAGAAUCCUAAGUGUCUCUGCGCCGUUCUUCUCUCAGACACGGCUAAAGCCUCAGGAGUGCAGCCGGAGGUUGCCCUCACUAUCCCCAAACGAUGCAAUUUCGCUAACCGCCCCGUCGGUUACAAGUGCGGAGCAUACACACUCCCAUGAAGUGUUGAGGAUGGAGAUUCAUGGGCUCUACGAUGAAGCUUUGGAGUUCACUAGUCACUACCACACCCUAAAAAGCCUAUCCUCAUGUAUUGUAUAUUAUAUGAAUAAUGAUAAUGUUUUAUAUGUAUCAGUGCGGUUGUAAUUAAUAACUACAUCAAUAAUAUAUGAAAUGAUUUUACACA